GUAAAUGAUAGUAGAUUUCAGCAAAACACCUACAUAUAUUUUUUUAUUUUUAUUUCUUUUCUGCUCCGUGGUGAUUCAAGACAGAUGAGGCACAGUGUGGUAUUUGAAACAGCCAACAAUAAACCAGGUGAGACAGAAAAUACGUUCAAUAACUCACCUCUUCAGUACCUUGACGCGUUUUCAUAUUUAUUCUGCUUACUAUUUGGCGAUUUUAUACAGCUUCAGAAACAUAUGUGGGGAUUAUUUUAAGAUAGUGAAGACUGUGGCCAUUAAUCUCCUGACCCCCGUAGACCCUUUCUAAUGUCAAUAAAAUGUUCUAACUCCGCGGUAGAAAAGCGUCUCAGUACUGGAGGAGUUGAGUCAAUUCACGUGAUUCAUCAGAGGAAGAGUGACGGAUCGCGAUAACUCAAUAUAAAAGUAACUCAGCUGAAAAGAAAAGGAGAGAAUGGAAAACUAAUUUGUUCAAACCUUAUUAAAGUGGAAAAGCAUAACUAAAAUUAGCAAAAAAUCACACACAAAAAAAUAACCUAACUUUUUUUUUGAAGAAGGAAAUAACGUAAAGAAACUUGAAAUCAACAAACUUUCACAUCAAAACAUUAGAAAAAAAAGAAAUUGAAGGUAAAGAAAAGCACUACCAAUUAGAGAAAAAGAAAGAGAGAGAGAAGAAAAAAAAAAGACCGAUAAAGUGACAGAACACACCAAACAGCAAACCAACACCAUCCAAACACCACCAGAGCGAACCGGAACCACCACCACCACCACCACCAAGGCUCCACUAAUCACAGAAGCUUCGAGACAUUUAAAGGCAAGGUGAAACACGAAAUCAGCCACCACCAAGCCACCGUGUGACUCAACCCACCUCAGCGUGACUUUACCAAACCCUGCCAAGUCCCUCCCUCUUUUCACUCCCUCUCCCCCUCUCCCUUCCUAUCUCCCUCUAGCUCCAUCCACCAGAAAGUCACACCGUCUCUAAUCGAUGCAGCUUAAAGGUCAGACUGUUAACUAGACAAAGCUUAAGAUCGUUUGCUUACCUCUUCAUCAAGCUUGUAAGAUAAGGGAAAGCAAAGAUAACUGGAAGAGAAACAGAAAAAUUUGAGUCUUCCAUGUGGUCUUAGGAGGAAAAGAGGAAAAGAAAAAGAAUACUGGAGAUACAGGGAAGACUAAGAGGUGGAUUAAAGAGGAAAAUAGGAGGAUAAGUUUGGGGAGAAGGGAGGAUAUUGGACAGAUACAGGCGUGGGGAGAGAGGAAAGGGUAAAAGGGAAGCAGGGUACGAAAAGAUAAGUCGAGUUUAGAGGAAGAAGUUUUGUUUUCAUCUGUCACACUUCACGUCAUGGCCAGACACUCCUACGGCCGCGCCAGGGCCAGUCGUACACAGCUGACGAAGGCAUGGAAGGCGAUAUUCUGGGGCCUCAUCUUCUUCGGCAUCACCAGCUACGCCAUCAUUACUUCGUCAGACAGCAUUCUACAGUGGCUAGCGCAGAAAGGGAAUGAAGAUGACGAAGAUGAUGGCCAGGCUGGCGUGGGCAACAGAACGUGGGCCGAUCUGCAGGAGCGGCGAGUGGAGCGAAUGAGACGAGGCUGCGAGACUCUGGGACUGGAACAGACUAUGAGCAAGAUUGUGAUGAAGCAUUUACUGGUAGACCUCACCCACAACGUCCUUUUCUGCUACGUGCCCAAGGUCGCCAGCACGUCGUGGAAGAGGCUCUGGUUCCUGAUGGUGAGGGCGGCGGAGCGAGACGAGAUCAUGUCCUUGCCGCGGGCGUACGUUCAUGGCCCUACGCUCUCCACCCUCGCCAACGACAAGUUUUCAGACGACGCGAGGGAGACAAUGCUGGGAACUUUUAAGAAGAUAAUGUUCACUCGCAACCCUCUGGAGCGCGUGGUGUCUGCCUACAGGGACAAACUGGAGACAGAGGACAUAGAGAGCUCCUAUGAUUUCCACAAGCACAUUGGCAGGGAGGUGGAGAGGAUGGCGCGGGGAAAGGUGACAGGUGGGGGACAUGACGUGACCUUCAAAGAGUUUGUGGAGUUUCUGGUGACUCCUAUGAACGGAACAACGUGGACGGAGGGACAGAGGAACGAGCACUGGCGCCCCACGGUGGACCUGUGCGCCCCUUGUCUCAUCCAGUACGAUGCCAUAGGAAGAUACGAAAACCUGGAGAAGGAGGGGCGUGAGGCUCUGGAGUGGAUGGGUGCUGGGAAAUACGCUAACGACUUCCCACCGCCCGCCCGCAACGCCCACACCUCGCGUCAGACCGCCCAAGACUACCUGCGCCGCCUACCUGUCUCUCAUCGCCUCAAUUUCUACAAAGCGUUCCUUCUCGACUACCUUCUCUUCGGCUACCAGAUCCCCUGAAGACCUUACUCCCGUUUUUUUUUUUUUCUCCUUCUCGUUUUCUUUUUGUUUUGAUUCUGUUUUCUUUUUCUUCUUUUUCUUUUCUUAUUAAGUCUAUUCGAUGGGUUUUUUUUUAGUUUUUGUUUAUUU